AAACAGAUGCUGAAACAACAAUCUACAAGGCAAAUGGCAAUAAAGGUCAACGGGAGAUGAUUAUGAAUAAGUUCCUGAGAGAAACGAGAGGUUGAAAACAGACCAAGAAGAACCAGGACAAUGACCAGGUCUCUUGAAGAUCAACUUAAAAUAGCGAAGCAAUUGUUCAUCUGGCAUCGAGCGACCUUUCGAAUAGUGGGAUUAUGGCCAUUGGAACCAACAAUUUGGCUCUUUCACACCUGGUUUUUGUAUGAUGCAUUCCAUAUCUUCAUGGGCUAUGUAGAGCUGGUGCUAGCACUUGGAAAUAUCGAGAGAGUUAUUGCAAAUAUUACAGAAACGGCUUUGGGGAGUAUGAUAAUAAUCAAAUUAGUUUUACUUAAAUAUUCAGGGACUCUCCGAGAAACUCUGAUACUCGCAGAAGAUGGAAUCAGUGAGAAACUUUUUUUAGAAACUAAAGAAAAGGAAAUUUAUGCUGUUUAUAGUGCAAUUGCAAUGAAGUUCGUUAAGUGGAUGUCUGCUUUCACAUUUAUGUCAUCUGUAUUGUACCAUGUGAAACCUCUGCAAGCCGUAUUGAAGGCAGUUUUAGCCAAUGAAACAAUACCAUUGUUAUUACCAUAUCGAUCUCAUCUGCCUUUUCCGAUAACGGACACGACGACUUACAUUUUGGUUUAUCUAUAUCAAUCCCCGCUGAUGUACGUUCACGCGUUUCACACUCUAUCUGCUUCAUUUCUCAUUACUCUGACACUUAAUGCCAGUGGUCAUCUAGCUAUUUUGGCAAGACGGAUAAGGAGCAUUGAGCCAAAUACUUCUGAGAUUUUAGAAGUAAAAUUAGGUAAUUUUGUCCGGCGCUAUCAGGAAAUAGUCAGAUUUGCCAAAUCGAUCGAUAAAAGUUUCCGGUUAAUACUUCUCGUCGAAUUAGUGAUAACUACAAUGUGUUUGGCGUUAGCAUCAUAUAAUGUGCUGGUGCAAGCAGGCCAUGUGGAUACCACGACGUUUAUAACAUUCAUCACAGUUGGAAUGUGCAUGAUGCUUAUUAUGAUUGUGAUUGGCUUGAAUUAUCAUCGAGUUAUCGCAAAUCACUCACUCUAUCCUUAAUUGGGACGGAGAGAGUUCUGAAGUUGACAGCUGGUGGAUUUUACACUUUCUCUCUAGGAGGAUUCACAAACGUAUGGACUACCUUAACUUCAGUAUGAGAAAAAUCAUUAAAAAUUAAUUUUACCAUGUUUAUGUUGCAGAUUUUGAAAAGCGCGAUGGCUUACGUGUCAAUGCUGCGAACUCUUGUAUUGUAACUUUUGCCAAUUUUCUUACCUCUAAUUUAUUAUUCUGUUUGGUGUGGAAUAAAGUGGGUUUGCUGUUC